AUGGUGAAGAUCAGCUUCCAGCCGGCGGUGGCCGGCAUCAAGGGCGACAAGGCCGACAAGGCUUCGGCCUCCGUCUCGGCCCCAGCGCCCGCCCCGGCCGCUGAGAUCCUGCUGACGCCGGCUCGGGAGGAGCGGCCCCCCUACCACCGCUACAAGAAGGGGGGCUCCGUGGGAGGCGUGUGCUACCUGUCGAUGGGCAUGAUCGUGCUGCUCAUGGGCCUGGUGUUCGCCUCUGUCUACAUCUACAGAUACUUCUUCCUGGCUCAGCUGGCCCGAGACAACUUCUUCCACUGCGGCGUCCUCUACGAGGACUCCCUGUCCUCCCAGGUCCACACUCGCAUGGAGCUGGAGGAGGACGUGAAGAUCUACCUCGAGGAGAACUACGAGCGCAUCAACGUGCCCGUUCCCCAGUUUGGGGGCGGUGACCCUGCAGACAUCAUCCACGACUUUCAGCGGGGUCUCACCGCUUACCAUGACAUCUCCCUGGACAAGUGCUACGUCAUCGAGCUCAACACCACCAUCGUCCUGCCCCCUCGCAACUUCUGGGAGCUCCUCAUGAAUGUGAAGAGGGGGACCUACCUCCCACAGACGUACAUCAUCCAGGAGGAGAUGGUGGUCACGGAGCACGUCAGCGACAAGGAGGCUCUGGGCUCCUUUAUCUCCCACCUGUGUAGCGGGAAGGACACCUACCGCCUGCGGCGCCGGGCCACCCGGAGGCGGAUCAACAAACGAGAGGCCAAGAACUGCAACGCCAUCCGCCACUUUGAGAACACCUUCGUGGUGGAGACGCUCAUCUGCGGGGUGGUGUGA